AUGUCCAAGAAGACGUUAAUAACGUCAACAUCCGCCGAAACCAUAUAUGGCUUCACUGUUCACGGUCCCUCUGCUCCUCUGUCUGCUCCUCUGGGAUCUUCAGUGGUUUUGCCCUGUUAUAUUGAUGUAGUCUCACUAAUGGAGGAUCUGGAGGUGGAAUGGAGAAGAUCAGACUCAGAGACUCUGGUUCAUCUGUAUCAAGAUGGUGAGGGUCGACCAGAGGUCCAGCAGCAGGAUUAUCAUGAUAGAGCUCAUUUCUUUACUGAGGAGAUUCAACAUGGAAACUUCUCCCUCCGUCUGGACAAUCUGACAGCUCAAGAUCAAGGAGAAUACAGGUGUAAGGUUUUCAUUCAGCAGGAUUCUGGAGAAACUGUGGCUCAGAUAAAAGAUGUUGAGCGUUUGUUAGUAUUAGGAUCAAAUCGUCCUGCUUCUGCAUAUGUUGGUGAGGACGUGACUCUGAACUGCUCUGUAGACUCUCACAUCACACCUGAACACAUUGAAGAGGUUUCAUGGUUGAAAACAGACGAUGAUGGAGACAUUCUGGUCCUGCUUUACCAAAACAACGAGACUUUACCAGAUUCAUCAAAUGAGCAGUUCAGAGGCAGAGUUGAGUUCUUCACUGCUGAAAUCCCCAAAGGAAAUUUCUCUCUCAGAUUGAAGAGUGUCAGAACUGAGGAUAAAGGAGUUUACAUGUGUCAAGUGUUUUCUGGAGAUUUAUCAGCCAAUGCGACUGUAGAGCUGGAGGGACUGGGUUUCUCUUCUUUGCACAUAGCUGUGUUGUUUUUCUGUGUUGCUGCUGGAUCUGGAGCUGUUCUUCUGCUCUGCUCUCUGAUCUACUGCAGUACAAACACUGGUGUGUUAAUAAGUGAAUAA